CGAAGAAUGAAAAUGAAGAGGGGAAAUUGGAGGGGGAAAAAAGUCACUGAAAUGCCUGAGAAGCUCCUGCCACCCCAGAGAGGGUAGCCAAUAGUCCUCAACCUUAAGCCAUCAAUGGGAGCAGACACCAGCCAUGGAGAAGGACAUAACAGCCUAUAUGUAUGAUCUCUUGCAUACAAAACUAAAGACAUCUCAAAACACAUCCACCAGUGCCUCGAUCUCCAUGAGGAACCUAGAAGGUAGAUACAUACUACAGACUUGGAAGGAGUCCGGCUUGGAAGACCAGCUGAGGACUGGAGUGUGAGCUUUUAAGGCCCUGUCUUCAUUCUUACUCAUGUCCUGUACUUCACAAGGAACAGCUUGAUCCAUUCCUAUACCAGCUUUGGGCCAGUCACUAGACCCCUCCCAGCUUUCCUUUGGGUGGUUGGAAGACUGAAGCCUGGUGAUUGGAGCUAGAAGGGAAGUGUUCAAGGCCAAGGGGUGAGUGCAGAAGUUGCAGGGCCCCAGAAUGGAGCCCAACGGCACGAUUCAUUCCUGUUGCUUUGACUCUGUUGUAUUGAAAGUCGCCAUCAGUGUGGUCCUCACCACCCUCAUCCUCGUCACCGUUGCUGGCAACGUGGUUGUCUGCCUGGCUGUCAGCUUGAAUCGGCGGCUCCGCAGCCUGACCAAUUGCUUCAUUGUGUCCUUGGCAGCCACUGACCUGCUCCUUGGCCUCCUGGUGCUGCCCUUCUCUGCCAUUUACCAGCUGUCUUUCAACUGGAGCUUCGGCCAGGUCUUCUGCAACAUCUACACCAGCCUGGAUGUGAUGCUCUGCACGGCCUCCAUCCUCAACCUCUUCAUGAUCAGCUUGGACCGCUACUGUGCUGUCACAGACCCACUGCGGUACCCUGUGCUAGUCACCCCAGUACGUGUUGCCGUUUCUUUGGUCUUCAUUUGGGUCAUUUCCAUCACCCUAUCUUUCCUGUCUAUUCACCUGGGGUGGAACAGCAGAAACGGGACCCAAGGGGGCAAUGACACCUUCAAGUGCAAAGUGCAGGUCAACGCGGUGUACGGGCUGGUGGAUGGGCUGGUCACCUUCUACCUGCCUCUUCUUGUCAUGUGUGUCACCUACUACAGAAUCUUUAAGAUCGCCAGGGAGCAGGCCAAAAGGAUCAAUCUCACCAGCUCCUGGAAGGCGGCCACCAUCCGAGAACACAAAGCCACCGUGACACUAGCUGCGGUCAUGGGAGCCUUCAUCACCUGCUGGUUCCCCUACUUCACCACAUUCGUCUACCGUGGGCUGAGAGGGGAUGAUGCCAUCAAUGAGGUGGUUGAAGGCAUUGUUCUGUGGCUGGGCUAUGCUAAUUCUGCCCUGAACCCCAUCCUGUACGCUGCUCUCAACAGAGACUUCCGCACGGCAUACCAGCAGCUCUUCCACUGCAAGCUUGCCAGCCGCGAAGCCCACAAAACUUCCCUGAGGUUGAACAACUCCCUGCUGUCCAGGAGCCAAAGUCGAGAUGGCAGAUGGCAGGAGGAGAAGCCGCUGAAGCUCCAGGUGUGGGGCCGGACAGAAAUCACACACAUCCAGGGAAUCCCACACAGGAAAACAACGCUGCCCUGCACCACUUGCUCCAAUAACCUCCUAAGCUGCUGCAAGAGUCUGUGGGGUCUUCACUUCCUCAAGCAACACCCAGAAAGCCCCUCAGAGGAGCAAUCAGGGGAGCCACUGUCUGAGGAGACAGAAAGGACAUCAUCACAAGAAGGAAUGGGGGUGUUGCCCUGUGAGGCUGUCUAGAUACUGCCCAGGAUACCAAGAUACUGGCCUUACCACUUGGAUCUCCUUUCUGUAGACCAAGCCCCAUGAACCACUGAGGACAAACUUCAGCCUUAGCCUGAGAGCUCACACAACACCCAGACCAGCUUCCCUAUGAGCAGACUCCAGACAGGUGCUUAGGCUCACUUAGGCUGACUCCCUUGGGUUCAAAGCUGAUGUUGGUGCUGGCCCCAGGAGUCAUGAGCAGAGGCAGUGAGACAGAAAUGGAUACACAGGUGUGCACGUAUGUGCUUCUGUAGAAAACAUGCACAUCUGCCAAGCGGGGCAAAGGCAGUUACUAUAAAGCACUGGCCUCGUUCCCUUGUGGGAUCUCAGUAUGAGCAGAAGAGAAGGGGAUGGGAAAUAAGGAAGAACAGAGCAACUGCCCUCCAUGAACACCAAAUGAGGUGCCAGGUACUUUGCCAACAUGGGGUCACAAUUUAUACACAUAUGCUUAGGAUAGACAUCACUAUCCAGACUUUUCAGAGAUGGAAACUGAGAGUCAAGGAUGUGCCUCAGGCCACUCAGCUAGAAAACAUGCCUGGGAUAGAGGUACUGAGAAAGUACUUGGUGAGUGGGUGGAUGUGUGAGAAGAUGGAUGGAUGGAUGGAUGGAUGGAUGGAUGGAUGGAUGGAUGGAUGGAUGGUGGGUUAUGGAUGGGUCAUGGAUUGAUGAUGGAUGGAUGAAAACCCAGGCUUAUGUCCAUGCUACAGUACACUACCACUCAGAAGAGAAGUCAAGAUAUUUCCUCAACUCAACUAAUCCUCCUCUAGCAAAUCUUAGCCCUCCACACUGAGAUACAGCCAUUGAUGGUGCUUGCUAUCAACAAGAAGAGGUGUGCAGUGGACUUGUGGGGCAACAUGUGUUUAUUGAGCCCCAGGCAAGGACAAGUGAAUGCUGGGAAAAUGCAAAGGUUGCAAAUGUGUGGGUGGACCCAGUGAUCCUCUCAUCUGGUGACAUGACCGGGGCACAUUGCCUCACCCCUCUGGGCAGCUCUUUACUCCUCUGUAUACAUGGGUAAGCUCCCUUUCUGUAGUUAGAGAGCUGCGGAAGAGACUCAAGGAGAUGGAGUUAGUGACAGCUCCAGAGAGAUGAGAGUGUCUACGCUUCUCUCCCCCAGGUCUUCUCAAUGGUGUUGCCCUUCCUUAACCUCAGCCCUCUUCUGCCCCCAACCAUGCCCCAUUUUGAGCCCUCUUUGUGACUUGUCCUCCACAUAGCCAUUAGAUGUGACCAUUCCCUGGGGCUCAGUGCUGAGACUUCUCAUUCUGGAUCUCCCUUUGGGACCUCAUCUACAUUUGUGAUCUUAUUCACAAGACAUAAGAUUAUUUACUGAUUUACAGCUGUAGGCAAGGCAUCAGGCCAUGGUUCACCUCCACCUGGAUGUUUUGUCUUUAACAUGGCCACAACUACACUCUCACCUGCUUCCCUAAAGACCCCCUUCUCAAGCAAAGGACACAUUCUGGGCUUCAAAAGCCAAGGUCAGUCUCAACCCCUCCUUGUACCUUGCUUUUUCAUGGUGGAACGCUAGAGUCUUAGCCCCCAGGCAUAUCCACCAUCCAACUGGUAACCUUCACCUUUCCCUUUCAGCUGAACCUGCUGCUGUAGUCUCCAUUAAGACACUGGAAGAACUACUCAGAUGGCUUUCCCGCACUACCCUGCCCCCACCCCGCUUCACUUUCUCCAGUCAGCUACCCAUGGGACAGCUUUGGUGGGCUGUGGAAAUGCAUGCCCUACCAUGUCACAUACAGGACAGACCACUCUUCAGGCUGUCCUGCUGACCUGGCCUUGUCGGCUUCCAUGACCCCUCAGCUUCUCCCUAUGCCCCAGCCUUCUCUUCCUUCCGCUCCUGUUUGUCUUGUUGUUUUUAUUUAGAUCUACUAUUUCUAGCAACCAAGGCAUUCAGAGUGUUCUUUCCAUGACCUAAAAUGCUCUUUUGUCUUCUGGACAAGUUGAGACCAUGAGGUCUCAGCUAAAACACCAUCUCCUUGAGAAUUUCUUCCUUGUCUCUUCUAACUCAUCCUACACCAGGCCCUUGCCACACACCAUGGGACUUUCUGUAGAAGCUGCUGGAGUGGUUGUAAUGUAGCAGUUGGCUGUGGAUUCUUGGACAGCAUCUGCCUUUCCUAUACAUGAGUUCCUUCUGUUGACCUUUGCCUGUUUGACCCCUGGAAAAUUGUUUAUACAUAGUAGAAGCUUACUGAAAAAUUGUCAAGCGAAUGUGCAAAGAAUGGUCCACACACUAAUAUUUUAAGAGCUAGCCUGCCAGUAAACUUCAAGGCAUCAUUUGGUAUGAUGACCCCAAAGACGACCAUUGGGUCUCUGUCAAAUUCCCUCUGAAAGCCCGAGAAAACCAUUUAGAUGUCUUCUCAGGGGCCUAUGGCAGGUGAGUCUCCUAAGUCACAGCCAACUAACUAAUGGCACAAGAUCUUUGGUGCAAAUGGACCUGCCUGAUCAGAGAGGCAGCCAAUCAGGGCUCAAGACCACAGUGCCCAGGGACAGCCUGCUGCUUCAGAGGAUUCCUGCAAAUGUGACUUUCUGGAGCUUUUUAUGGCAGCACAAACAGGAGUGUGUAAGGCCUGGGGGAGGAACAGCUGAGGUGGAGCUACAAAUCCAUACUCUGUGUUACCACGUUCCAAUAAAGCUAUCAAAA